CUGUCUUAACCAAGGGCAGUCCUUUCUCCAGUGUUAGUGUAUAUAUAGUGCUGUAGAUAAGCCAAGAGUAUGAGUCUUCCUCGAGCCUCAGAGAUGAAGUUUGUGAUCCUCUCCACCGUCGCUGCCCUGGCCAUCGCCGCCCCCCAGUACGGUUACAACCCUCCACCAGUACCCACCCCCACAGAGCCUCCAUACACUUAUGGCCCCCCCGAGCCUCCACAGACUUACGGCGCUCCCGAUCACUUGCUUAAGUCUGCCGGUGAGGUUGUUGAGGUGGUACCUAUCCUGAAGGACGAGCGUACUCAGGAGGACGACGGUACCUUCACCCUUGACGUGGAGACUGGCAACAGCAUCUCUUUAUAUCAGGCUGGUUCUCCUAGCGGCCCUGAUGGAGCUGUGGUCCAAACUGGAAGAUAUUCGUACCCUGCUCCUGACGGCACUAUAAUCGAAGUACAGUUUGUCGCCGACGAGAACGGCUUCCAGCCCGAGUCAGAUAUUCUGCCAGUGGCUCCCGCCUUCCCCCACCCAAUCCCUCAGUUCGUGCUGGAUCAAAUCGCCUUCGCUGCUGAGGAAGACCGCGCUGAGGCUGCUGCAGUCAGGAGCGCUCCCUCUCCCACCUACGGCGCCCCUCAGUAACUGCUGCUCAUCAUGAACCACUCUAACGCUGACCUCCCUCAUGUAUAUAUUAUAUUUAUAAUACAAUUAAUAUAUGAAAGAUGGUGUGUAUGAAUAAUAAGAAGCAUGAUAAAAAAGAUACAUUUUUCUUUCUAUGCGUAACCUACGGCAUUGAUAUGUGAGACAUGUACAAGUUGAACACCCAACAUGAGCUACACAUCAACUCAGUAUUACACAAACUUACAUCCAUUUUGAUUGUAAUAUGCACUAUAUCUUGGUAAUAAAGUUACAAUUCUUCUAA